GAAGACAUUUUGAAAGCGCAAGUCGCAAGAAUUUCUUGUGUGGUGAUUUUCAUUGAUCAUAGAAGAGUAGUGAGUGCGUGCGAACAAGUUUACUGCCCUACCGAAAAAAGAAGUCAAACGAGAUUUGUUUAUCGCAAUAGGUAGCAAUUUCCGCCUGCAUCCGAUCGCUGGCCGUCCGAAUGUGGUCCGGGAAGGUGUAAUUAGUGUAUUGCGAGUGGCCAAAGUAUCGUGUGUGUUCCGCAGAGGCGGAAAUCCGAGGGUGAAAAUUGUGAAAGAUUUACGUUCCUCUCUUCCUCGGCUCGUCGUCUCUUACAUUCGAAUCAUUGCCGUCCCGCGCGUGUUCGCCCCCGCGUCCGUAAGGUUUUUUUUAAUUCCUUUCCUCCGUUGUUUCAUUCCGAUUCGCCUUCACUGAAGGGUAUGUGUAAAGUGCGUGCGUGCGUGUGUUGGUGCUGAUCAGGGCACGAAAAGGAAAAUAAUACAUCGGAAUAGGAAUCUGACCAACAGCAGCAGCACCAGCCAAAUAAUCGAGAAAAAAAAGAGUUUCUGGGCGAUAUCAAUUCCAAGGGAUAUUUUGGAAUAUUCACUGUCAAAGUUAGCAGAGUGAUAACUGGCAUUUAGUGUGAAGGAUUGCGAGGAACGGAACAAACUCGCAGAUUGUGUGGAAUAGCAGCUAGAGGUGAUUGCAAAGUUGUGAAGGAUCAGGAGCAGCAGGAUGUAUCUCAAAAGAAUCUACAUAUCGACGACACUGUUGGCGUUUUUUAUGCUAACAACUCCGUGGUCUGCCUUGGCCCAGGAUGAACAGAAAUCAAAUAACCGCAACAGUCAGUCCCUGUCGGCUUCAUUUGGCGCGGGGGGAGCAUCCAGUCCGAAUAAUGAUAUCUACAUCGAUGACGAAGUCCUUGAGGGUUCCGGAAGCAGAGGAGAGAUUCGCGACGAUCUAGAGAAGGAGGACGACGAAUCUUCCGGCUCCGGCUACGGUGACGAUGACGAAGACUCCUCGUCCAGCUCGAGUCGUAGCAACACCAACAGCAAUACGAACCUCGGCGUGAGCGGUUCGAAGGACAAGUCUCGUAUUUCCGAAACCAGCGCAGGAGGAUCAGGUGAUCACGAAACCUACGUUGACGAAGAUGAAGAUGAUCUCUACACUGAAACCAAAAGACCUUCUGUUGAUCCGUCCACGACAGACGAUGAAGAUAUGCCUAUCGGCAAGGACAAUAGCAAGCAAUCAGGCACCAGCAUAACGCACGGUGGCCAAUCGCCCGACGGAGACCUCGAGAUCAGCCACACUCAUCAGCACAUCACGCCAACGGACAGCGGCCACGACAGCAACAACGCAUACGGCGGCAGCGGUGUGUUGAUCAUGAACGCCAAGAAUGAGGACAGGACUGCCAGCUUCUUCGCACAGCCAGGCAUACUUGCAGCUGUGAUUGGAGGUGCGGUAGUUGGUCUGCUGUGCGCCAUCCUAGUCGUCAUGUUCAUCGUCUACCGGAUGCGGAAAAAGGACGAAGGCAGCUACGCCCUGGACGAGCCGAAGCGAUCGCCAACGGCUAACACCUACGCGAAGAACGCCAACAAUCGGGAGUUCUACGCCUGAGACUACUCGAUCGACUCCAGUGAUGGUGAUUUGUAAACACAAUAGCAAACAGAAAAAAAACAAACUGAACACAAGAAGCAGUAGUAAACACAAAACAAAACAAAACAAAAAGCCCGCGCGCUUAGUCACUCAAAACUGUAGAGUCGUGCCGAGUUCCAAGUAUAUAUGCAGCAACAACAACAACAUUAUACUAAAUAGAUGAAGAGAUUGAACGUUUGGAGGAGGUCUUAGUGAGCGAGAGAGCUCUGUUUUUACGAUUUGUGCGUAACGCGCGGAGCGCGCUGGUUGAGUCACAUUCAUAGCCUACUCAGAGAGAACUCGUGCGUUACGGCCGCUUUAAUGAUGAGAUAUACUAAAGAUCAAUCGCAAAGUAUUGGUUUUUUAAACACACAUUUUUUAUCGUUUUCUAUUAUUUGUUUUGUACCUACUACCUUGAAGUUGCUUAUUAGGAGAAUCCUGGAAUAUGGCAUUAGUUAUUGCGCAACGGUUGAACGAAGUGUGAAAUAAGCGAAGUAAUGGAAAAAACCACAGAAAACAAAAUACAAGGCAAACUAUGAAUGGAACAAUACAGCAUUUAACGAUGGCAGACGUAAGAAGAAGAUGAAGAAAAAUGAACACUCCUUUACACUCACAGGUAAAGUUUUAUCGUGUAAGAAAAAGCAGGCUAGAGGUUUAUAGAAUAUAGAUGUUACAUAUUUAUAUAAAGGCAGGCUAACAAAAUGAUGAUUAAGCGAAUAAAGUUUAUUUUUUAGUUGAAUAGUAAGCAUUAGUUAUAGUUCAUUUCGAGACAGCUAAACGUAUUUUUUUCCUUUGAAUGAAAACAAAUAUAGGAACAAAAAAUAAACCUAAAUACUAAAACCCGAGUGGAGGCAAAAUGAUUAAUACUUUAUUGUUAAAGUAUGGUAAUACAAAACGGUAUAUAAGGAGAGCAUUUUGUAUAGGGUAAACAAGCAUAUAUGAUUAUUAUUUAUACAAUGACGUUUUUUUCUGAAUCGGAAACAAUAAUCUUUAAUUAUUAGUUGAACGAUUGAAUCUAUAGCAAUAAACAAACACGUAAGAAAAGAAACUGAGUAUGGUUUGAAGAAAAGUAUUUCGUUUUUUGUUGAGAACAAUGAUGAUAAAAUAAUAAUCGAAAAAACAAGCGGAUUCAUUUGAAUUUGAAUGCCACAUCCAGUUUUCCGGCAGGAUAGACAAAUAACAAAGAAGCGAAUUGAUCGUGUUUUUUCUAUUAUCUCGGGUUAAGUGCAAACGAGGAAUGCAUUUUUUGGAUAUCUGUUGAUGUCGCGACGGUGAAUUGAGGCAUCCUGAUGCCAACACAGCCUGUGAAUGCAUAUUUGUUUUCUGGAUUCGAAGAAGCAGAAGAAAGGGAGGUAGUUUUCGUUUUAAACACAGAGACAGUAGGUAGCAUUUUUUCUCAGUCAUUUUAAUGCCAGAAAAUCGCCCUUUACGGCUGGACAAUUGUAGUGGAGUAGUUUGAAAGAUGUACAUUCGCAACAUUAUUCGGUCUUAUUGUGUGGCGAGAUAAGUUGUCGGAAAAGAAUUGUGUGUAACCAAACCUGGACUAAAAAGCUAGCUACAUGAGAGAGCAUUAGAAACUAUCAAUAUGUGAAAAAUGAACAAAAUAUCAAACACAACUAGCUUUUUGAAUUAUAACUGGAAUACACGUAUGUAUAAAACAAAACAAAAAAAUGAAACAAGAUUUGCUAUUAUAAUUAUAAUUGUAAUUAGCAUAGAUAUCAAUACGAUGUGACAUCAUGAACCUUACGUAUGAAUACCUAUAGUCAUGUAUCGUAACAACAAAGCCCCAAAAAGUAUUACUACAACCACUGAAGGCUAUAUUCUUGCUUGUUUUUUUUUUAUAACAGUCCAUCUAAGCACAUGUCCGGAGAGAAAUACGCAGGUGAAAAAAAACAGGUGUAAUCAUAUUUAGACAUUUGUAUCAAGCUAAUUUCUGUUAUUUUCUGUCCGUUGUUUAGGUAUCGAUAAUGUAUAAUCCAGUGUAAUACAUACUGCUGACUUAGGACGACAAACUAAGCAAACAGAUGCUGUAUUGAAUCGACAAAUGAUUAUAUGAAUGAAAUAAGAAAAAAACACACAAUUAUAUACUAAUUAGUGAAACUCUGUUUGUCCUGAAAUGUCAUUCAACAAUAACAACAAAUGGUCGCAUGAAAUAGAACCAAUGAAGCUCGAAAGGUUCAAACCAUCAUGUUUUUUUGUUCACAACACAUCGCAAUGUGUCCCUCCCAUAGGAAAAAAAUGACCGAACCUUAGAACUAUAAUCGAUUAGAUAGUACGAAGCGUUUAAGCAAAACCAGUGAUCUUCAAUCGCUCAUCAACGCGAGGAUUAUAAUCAAGAAGAACCCAAGUUUGGAAGGUUUAUUACGAAAUUAAUGGCCUAAUAGUUUUCACACACCUGAUUUGCCCUGUCUGGGCUUUCCCAUCUCCCUCUAUCGAAUAGCCAAUUCAUCGAUUACGAUUCGCUUCAAUACUGAUUUCUAAUGUCUAUGAAAACAUAUUCGACGCUAACUAGAGACUGAUUGUGUAGAGAUGAGAGUAACAAGAAACUGUGUUUUCACGUUCCCAUUUCUUUCCGUUUUGUGCCAUUGAGACACCGUUAGCAUAAGCGUGGUUAUGAUGCUUUCCAUUUGUUCCGAGUAUAACCGACCAAUUUAGAACCUUCUACCAGCAAUCUCAAAAAAAUGACCCCACAACUUCUAACUGCUGCCCUCAAACCAUUAUCGAUCAAAUAUUAAAACAUACAAAUCGGUGCUUUUAUUAAUAGAAACGACAACAUAUGUUUAUGCAUUUAUGAACGUUACUUUCGCUUCAACGUGAACCAAAAAAAAAAACGUAAACAUUCCGGAACGAACAUUAUCUUUUCACAGCCAACGCUCCCUUUUCCACACUCGCACCCAUUUUUGGAAACAUUAACAAACCAACAACCACAAAAAUUAGGCAAUUUUUCGUGACACGAAAAAUCAACAGAUUUCGAUGGAAUAAUAUUUAACGAAAACAAAAAAAAAAGAAAAUUGAACAAAAUACUUUGAUACUUUAGGUAAAAUAAAAACCCAACAUAUAUUUCGAUUUGAUAAUGAUUAGCCGAAGCGAAUUUCGAACUACUUUCGAAGGAACCAGCGGAAACAUUGUGUAUUGUGUAUCGCAAGCAAAAAGCAAGACAGCAGCUGAAAAUGGUUUGAAGUGAUGUGCAAACAAAACAGAAAAAAACCAGAUGAAAAAAACAAGUAUAAAAGGAAAUCAUUAGAAAUAUUACUAAAACUAAAUUUAAUAAACACAACACAUCACAGACAUACACACACACACACAAACACAAACAAACAAACACGUAUGUAAGGGACAUUGUAAAUAAAGAAGUCUUUACAGUGUA